UCGCCUCGUAAACCACAAUUCCCAGCAUGCGGCAUGUGAAGCCGCCGGCACUUCCUGUUUCCGGUGAUGGUGCUCAGCCUCUCCUGGAGUUCAGAACUGGGUUUCUGAGGCUCAGUUCCUCUCAGUGACACAGUUACAAUGUCUUUGUCAGAGUGGCAUAUUGCGGUGAAGCUGGCAGAUCAGCCGUUGGCCCCCAAAUCCAUCCUGCGGCUACCAGAGACUGAGUUGGGAGAGUGUCCUUUGGGUGGGUGCAGCAUCUCCUACUUGAAGCAGCUUAUCACUGGAAAGCUGCAGGAGUCAGUCCCAGACCCAGAACUCAUUGAUCUGAUCUACUGUGGCCGCAAGCUGAAGGAUGACCAAACACUUGAUUUUUAUGGCAUCCAGUCAGGCUCAACUGUUCAUGUCCUGCGGAAGUCGUGGCCCGAGCCGGAUCAGAAACCAGAGCCUGUGGAUAAAGUGGCUGCAGUGCGAGAGUUCCGGGUUCUGCACACCGCCCUGCAUAGCAGUCCUGCAUACAGAGACGCAGUCUUCAAGAUGCUGGGGAACAAGGAAUCACUGGAUCAGAUCAUUGUAGCUACCCCUGGUCUCAGCAGCGACCCUGUUGCUCUGGGUGUCUUGCAGGACAAAGAUCUUUUCUCAGUCUUCGCUGACCCAAACAUGCUGGACACGCUAAUCCCAGCUCACCCUGCUCUGGUGAACGCCAUCAUCCUAGUUCUGCACUCCGUGGCGGGCAGCACGCCCCUCCCAACUCCGGAGACCUCACGCAGCAUGCCUUCCAGCUCCUACAGGGACAUGCCUGGUGGCUUUUUGUUUGAAGGUCUCUCUGACGACGAAGAUGAUUUUCAUCAGAGCACAAGGUCCACGCCUUCCAGCAGCACUUCUGGGUCCCGCCCAGCAUCACUCGGCUACACUGGGGCUGCCGGACCCCGGCCAAUCACACAGAGUGAACUGGCAACUGCGUUGGCCCUGGCCAGCACGCCUGAGAGCAGCUCACACACUCCUACCCCUGGCACCCAGGGUCACUCAUCGGGCACCUCUCCGAUGUCCUCCAGUGUCCAAUCAGGAACUCCCAUCACCAACGACCUCUUCAGCCAGGCCCUGCAGCAUGCCCUGCAGGCAUCUGGGCAGCCCGCCAUGCAGAGCCAGUGGCAGCCACAGCUGCAGCAGCUGCGGGACAUGGGCAUACAUGACGACGACCUGAGCCUCCGAGCCCUCCAGGCCACCGGAGGGGACAUUCAGGCUGCCCUGGAGCUGAUAUUUGCAGGCGGGGCGCCCUAACUCCCUGUGAGCGAGGGCAGAGUGGCAUGUUUCAGAGAUGCUGCUAGGUUAGGACGAUUGUGAAGUUCCUCUCUCCGAUCCCCACCUCAGCCCUGAAACACUUGGACAGAACUGAGCGUCUCUCUUGCCCUGGGCAGUGUAGGGGACUCUCCCCUGCCUUGUCGGGAUGCAGUUGAUGGCAGAGUAGAUGAUGCACUACGCUGGGAUGGGAACUCUGACUCAGAACUCAGAGAGGUUCUUCCUACUGCACUCCCCUGGGCUAUAGCCACCACAGGCAAGAUCACUGGAUUUCUGUACAGCCACAGGAAAAGAGCAACAGCCCCCUGAACCAGGAGAUACUGCAAAGCCACAGCUGCUCCCACGAGGCAUCUGCCAGCUCCCUCUCCUGCUUGUACUUCCAUUCCUGCCACCCUAGAACGCCUCGGUCUCUUUUAGUUCAUCAGUGUUUGAGUCUAAUAAAGCUGAACCUCUCCA